CCAGAGGAUGUUUGUCCCUGGUCUGCAGCCCUCUUAUUUUCCAUCUUAAACACAACUCCCCCCACCCAUCGCCUGCAGCACGGGCACCGACGCUGACUUUUGCAGUUGCGUCACCGUAGACAAGAGAGAGCUACGGGACCGCAACCAAACAGGGGCGUGAGUCACUACCGGCCAGGUCAGACAUGGGCUUGUUAGAUAAACUAGUUGCAUGUCUGAGGCUGCGACGCCGGGAUGUUAAUGUUCUUUGCUUGGGGCUGGACAACAGCGGGAAGAGUACUAUCAUCGAUCGCUUGAAACCUGCCGGUGCACAAGUCCAAGAGAUAACACCGACAAUUGGAUUUAAUGUAGAGAAAUUCUCCACAGUCAGCUUGUCCUUUACAGUGUUUGAUAUGUCAGGCCAGGGAAGAUACCGAUACCUCUGGGAACACUACUAUAAGGAUGCUCAUGCCAUUAUUUUUGUCAUUGACAGUGCGGAUAAACUGAGGAUCGUUGUGGCAAAAGAAGAAUUGGAAACCCUUCUCAUUCAUCCAGAUAUCAAACACAGACAAAUCCCCAUUCUUUUUUUUGCAAAUAAAAUGGAUUUGAAAGAUGUUAUGUCAUCAGGUAUGCUGACCCAGAUAUUGAGACUUUAUAACAUCCAAACGAAACCUUGGUUUCUAUGUCUCUGUAGUGCUCUGACAGGGGAGGGACUUCUAGAAGGAAUGGAAUGGCUACAAGAUCGUAUCAUUGAAGAAAUGAAAAGGAAAUGAACACCCACGUUGAGCUCGCUGAAGCCAGCAGAUGUAAUUGAAACUUAUGCAUGCCAUGAAUAAAUUCCAUCUCAUACA